AGAUAUUUGUUAAGACACUAACCGGCAAGACCAUCACCCUUGAGGUUGAAUCUUCUGACACUAUUGAUAAUGUAAAGGCCAAGAUUCAAGACAAGGAUGCAAAUAUUCAUUAAGACUCUCACCGGCAAGACCAUCACCCUUGAAGUUGAAUCUUCCGAUACUAUUGAUAAUGUGAAAGCUAAAAUUCAAGAUAAAGAGGGUAUUCCACCGGACCAGCAAAGGUUAAUCUUUGCUGGGAAACAAUUAGAGGAUGGUCGCACCCUUGCGGACUACAAUAUCCAGAAGGAGUCCACCCUCCACCUGGUGCUCCGCCUCCGUGGUGGCCAGUGAACCCUUGUCCUGCUCGUUUGCUGCUUUGGUGUGUGAGUGUCUCUUAUGUUGAUAAUGUUGUCUGUGGUUAAGUGUCCUCGUCAGUUGACAAUGUUAUGCUGGAACUCAUGUUAAUGUGUGGCAAUAAUAUUUCGGUAACUUCUGGUCUUUGCAUACUCUUUUUGUAUGGCCAUAUUUUGUCUCUGAUGUAGUUCUUUCUCUGUUUGAUAUUUCUUAUAUCGCCAGUUUAAUCAA